AUGGCCCCAAACGGCGUAAAUGGUGUGAACGGAACCCACUUUGAAGAGGAUGAGGAAAUCGAUUAUUCGGACAUAGAAGCAAAAUAUCAAGUGCAAUAUGAAGAGGGCUUUGACAAUAUCAUUGUGGUCGACGGCGUACCAGUCAUUGACAAAUCGAAAUUGGACAAGCUGCUUGUCAAGAUUGCGAAAGAAUUCUCGCGUAAGGGUGCCGCUAUCAAAGCGGACGACAUUACAGUGCCUUGGGACGCGGUGACGGGAAAGAGCAAAGGAUAUAUCUUCAUCGAGUUCAAAAAUGCCAAUGAUGCUGCGUUUGCAUUGAGCUCCAUGCACGGCUACCCCUUUGAUGCUAGGCAUACAUUCCAAAUCAAUCGAUUUACGGACAUCGAGCGAUACGCAAGCAUAGAAGAGGCGUAUAUCGAGCCAGAACAGGAGGAGUACAAGUCCAAGGAACACCUUCGCGCUUGGUUGGGUGAUCCUCAAGGCAGAGAUCAGUAUGUUACCUACCGUGGUGACGACGUUGAGAUGCAUUGGCAAGGAAAACCGUCUCAGUGUGAAGUGGCAUUCAGCAGAACUAACUGGACCGAUCUGUAUGUGUCAUGGUCACCACUUGGUACCUAUCUUGCGACACUCCAUCGUCAAGGUGUCCAGCUUUGGGGUGGCGCAUCGUGGGGGAAGCAACAGCGCUUUGCGCACCCUAUGGUCAAGCUCAUCGACUUCUCCCCUAACGAGAACUACGUUGUAACCUGGUCGCACGACCCCAUUUUGGUUCCCGAAGGCGCACAGCAGGGCCCCCAAUUUUUUUCUCCCGAAGACGAAGGCAACAACAUUGCUGUCUGGGAUGCCAGAACCGGAAACCUGCUCCGAACGUUCUCCACAAUCUACCCCGACGGCGAGGAUACGAAGAAACAAUUGCAGUGGCCUGCACUGAAAUGGAGCGCAGACGAUAAAUUUGUUGCACGUGUGACUCCUGGUCAACAGAUCAGCGUUUAUGAGCUUCCGAGUAUGGGUCUGCAGGGAAAGAAGAGUAUCAAGAUUGAGGGUGUUGUCGACUUCGAAUGGUGCCCCCACGGCGAUAAGGAUCGCGAAGAGGCUGACGCUGAAGCGAAGACUGCGACAAAUGGAAAAACCGGCAAAAAACCGAAAGAAAAUAUGUUAGCUUACUGGACGCCGGAGGUUGCUAAUCAGCCCGCGCGUGUGACAUUGAUGAAUUUCCCCAGUCGGACGAUUCUACGGCAGAAGAACCUGUUCAAUGUUACGGAGUGCCGGCUCUACUGGCAGAACCAAGGGGAUUUCCUGUGUGUUAAGGUAGAUCGCCAUACGAAAACAAAGAAGUCAAUCUUCUGUAAUUUGGAGAUUUUCCGUGUCCGCGAAAAGGAUUUCCCAGUGGAAGUUGUUGAACUCAAAGAUGCAGUGACCGAUUUCUCUUGGGAGCCGAAGGGCGAGAGAUUCGCACUUAUAUCUAGUAGCGAUCCGAAUCUCGGCAACCCUGGCCCCGGAAUUACGAUCAAGACCGAUGUUAGCUUCUAUCAGCUCGUCAGAGGGAAGGGCGACUUCAAGCUGCUCCGGACACUAUCUUCAAGAACUAGCAAUACUGUGCGCUGGUCUCCUCGGGGCCGGCAUGUUGUUCUGGCGACAAUCGGGUCGUCGAGCAAGUCCGAACUCGAAUUUUGGGAUCUGGACUUCACUUCCGACGAUGUCGGUCGCCGGGAGGGUCCGUCAAAAGAUGAAUGGGGUAGUGGCAUUCAGCACCUCGGUACUGCCGAUCACUAUGCUGUGACAGAUGCAGAGUGGGAUCCCAGUGGGCGCUACUUGGCGACGAGUGCCAGUGCAUGGCGACACACGCUCGAAAAUGGCUAUGCUAUCUGGGACUUCCGCGGACAGGAGCUCGAGAAACACAUCCUGGAUCGAUUCAAGCAGUUUCUAUGGCGGCCACGGCCGCGUUCUCUGCUCACAAAGGAGCAGCAGCGGCAGAUCCGACGAAAUCUCAAGGAGUACAGCCGAGCAUUCGACGAGGAAGAUGCUGCCGAGGAGAGCAAUAUCAGCGCCGAGCUAAUCGCACAGCGCAAGCGUCUCGUGGAUGAGUGGAAUGCAUGGCGCACGACGGUACAGGAAGAGGUGGUCGAGGAACGCCGGCGUCGUGGAAUGAAAAUUGACGUGGACGAGGAGGAAGAGUCAAAGGAAGAAAUUGAGUUGUGGAUCGACGAGGUCAUUGAGCAGACUGAAGAAGAGGUUCUUGAGUGA